GCUGCGGUUUGUGCUCUUGGACUUGUUUUUCUAAGAGAGGAGAGUCAAACUUCCAUCUUCAGGCCCCGAAGGAGUUUUUCCCUAGGGUACUGCAAAGAGGCUUCUUAUCCCUUCAGUUUAGCAGUAUCAGCCUAAGUCAGAGCCAUGGCUCCAAAAUCUAAAAAAGGAAAGAGCUCAGGUAGCCAAAAAGUGCCAAAAACUGCCAGAAAUAAGGAAAUAUUAUCAGUUAGUGAAGAAACAGCACCUAUGAAUAUGGAGAGCAUCGGUCACCCAGAAAUUUAUCCUUUAUUGUUAACUACAAAGACCCAAGAAAUAUUUAACUGCCGAGCAAAUGAAGACUUCACAGAUGAACAACCUUAUAAACUUAUCAAAAAACAAGAUAUUUUUGCAGACUUUCACAAGAGAGCUGCAGUGUCUGAUUUCUACCCAUUCAAAAAAAUUAUCCAGGAAUAUCCUGGAGAUGAGCUUCUGCUUGUUUAUGACAAAGACUUCAAAUAUGGACUUAACUUUUAUCUUAUUGGAACAGAAGAGGGAAAGGAAAACUAUUUAAAUCCCCCAGCAGUAUCAAAAGAGCAAGAAGAACAUAAAGAAUUUAAAGAGCAUGUUCCUGAAGACGUACUUAUUUAUAAACCGCCUGUCUCUAAACCAUGGGUUUCUUUGGGCAGUGAAAAAGAAAUUGAGGAAGAAUCAGUUAAGGAAUCUACAAAGCAGAUUACAUAUAUGAUUUCUCGAAAACGAAGUGAAUUUGGUGCACCAAUUAAAUUCAGUGACCAGAAUGCUUCCAGUGUGAAAGAUGCGUAUAUUGAAUGUACAGCGUACCCAGAUAAAAAUUUUACCCUUAAGAAACUUGAGAAAGAUGUUGGCAUGCAAGCAGUCCCCCAAGUCAAGGACACAAGUACUCAGACGAGAUGGACAUAUCCCCAAAAUGCUACUAUACAAUAUUAUCCAAGAGAAUUUUUAGAAGAGGAAAAAGAAAUACUUGGACAAUCAAAGCCUGUGACCAAUUUUCUUAACAACGUGUCCAUAAGUGUUGAAAUAGCCCUGCAGCAAAAUGAAAUCAUGAACACAUUUAUUGAUGACUGGAAAUGCCUGGCAGAGGAAGAAGGCACCUUUGGGGACAAGUCUGAUACCCACCUGAAGGAGUACCAGUCCUUUACUGACCUUCAUAACCUAACAGAGAAAAUGAUCACCUGCGUCUCAUGGCAUCCGGAGAUCUAUGGUGAGAUGGAAGAGACUAUAACGCUGUCUAAAGGUAAAACAAGUUUAGACCACUGCCCAACCAAGAUAAGCCUGUGUGAAGACUGUCUCCUUUCCAAAGCACAAGACAAAUUGUUAGCUCAGAACAAAGUCGUAAAGGUAGAAGAAACGAACCCAUACCGGAACCUGGAAAGUGGGCUAGCCAACAUUCUCAGGCCAAUAGAUGACUUCUGUACAAAGUUCUUUGUGGGAACAGAGGAAGGCGAAAUAAUAUACACAGAUUGGAAACUGGAAAAAGACCCUGAAACUGGCCGAUUGAUGACAAAGAAGCCAGUGAACCUCUGCACUGUCCAUGAUGGCGCUGUCCACACUGUUCAGAGGUCACCUUUUUAUAAGGAUAUUAUCCUCACCAUUGGGGGGUGGAACAUGGCCAUCUGGAAAGAAGGUGUCAUGACUGGACCCCUCCUGCAGUCGUGUUGUGUACCAAAAAGGUACACGGCAGGGCACUGGUCCCUGACAAGGCCCAGCGUCUUCUAUAUUGGCAGAGAAGACGGCUACAUAGAUAUCUGGGACCUUCUGGAGAAAACCCACGAACCAGCCCAGUCACAGAACAUCUGUAUAACCAUGAUCACCUCCAUCAAACCCUGGGCCUUUUCUGCUAAGCAGCAAUUCAUAGCCGUGGGCGAUUAUUAUGGAACACUGCAUAUAUUAGAAAUCCCUUGGACGUUAAGUCGCCCUUCCGCCAAUGAGGCAUCAAGUGUGAGCCACUACUUUGAAAGAGAAGUCAGGCACUUGGAAUAUGUAGAACAGCGCAAAAAAAUCCGUGAACAAGAGAAGAAGGAAAUGGAGCUGGAAACUGAGAAGAAAAAAGUGAAAACAUAUCAGAAGUCAAAAGAGCAAGUAGAGGCUGAAUUGAAAAUGGACUACGAGAGUUAUUUAGAGCUGGAAAAGACCGUCCUCUUCAAUCUGGGCCUAAUGAAAGUGACAGACACGAUGUCAUUCACGGACAUGACAUAGAACACCUUCCUGUAAGGGUGUUUUGGAGGCUUUGUGGGACUUCUUUUUUACUCUUUUUUUUUUUUUUGAUGUAAGGUAAACUAACAAACUGAAUAUUAAAUAGAUUUCUAAAUAUUAGACUUUCAUUUCACUGCUAUUAAAACUUUUGAAUUAUAACAAUAAGAUCUGUUUUCAUUUUCAGACUAUGUACUGAA